AUGAAUAGUAAGGGUACAGUUGCAAUUACACUCUCACCAGAGGAAGAACAAAAGAAGUUCUUGGAGGAAGCCAAGAACAAUGUUAUGGUACAAGGUCAUCAUAUGAAGGUUGCACUUGACAAUGGAAAGUUGAUGGAUGCUCUCAAGUACACCUCAGACAUCAUCAACGAGCUUCGUACAUCGUUGCUCUCACCAAAAUCAUACUAUGCACUCUACAUGGUUGCAUUCGAUUACCUGCAACAUCUCAACUCCUAUCUCUUUGAGGAGAAGCAUGGUAAGCGUAUGAUUGAACUCUACGAAGUCGUACAACAUGCCGGUAAUGUUUUACCAAGACUAUACUUGUUGAUUACAGUUGGAUCCGUUUAUAUCAAGACUAAACAAGCACCAGCAAAGGAUGUUUUGAAGGACUUGAUUGAGAUGUGUCGUGGUGUUCAGCAUCCAACUCGUGGUCUUUUCCUUCGUUACUACUUGAGUGAGGUCACAAAGGAUAAGCUCCCAGAUGUCGGUUCCGACGAGUCUGGUGGUACCGUAUUCGAUUCGAUCGAGUUCAUCGUUCAGAACUUCACAGAGAUGAACAAGCUCUGGGUAAGAAUGCAACACCAAGCACCAACCAAAGACAAAGACAGAAGAGAGAACGAACGUUUAGAUCUCAGAGUCUUGGUCGGUAAGAAUCUCUCACGUCUCUCUCAACUCGAGGGUGUCGACCAGAACGUCUACUCCAAGACCGUCCUACCAAAGGUAGUCGAACAAAUCAUCAACUGUAAAGAAAAGAUUGCUCAACAAUAUCUCAUGGAAAUCUUAAUUCAAGUAUUCCCAGAUGAAUUCCAUUUGGCUACUUUAGAUACAAUUCUUUCUACAUGCUCACAAUUGCAGUCGGGUGUUGAUGUUAAAGCUAUCAUUGCAUCACUCAUUGAUAGAUUGGCCAACUAUGCCUCACGCAAUACCAUUCCAGAAAACAUUGACAUCUUUGCUGUCUUUUUCAACAAUGUCAAGGAGAUCAUCCAAAACCGUGCCAACAUGGAGCUCCAAGACAUCCUUGGUUUACAUGUAUCUCUUUUGAAUCUCACUCUCAAGUGUUACCCAGAGAAGAGAGAGAAUGCCAAUGCCGUUCUCGGUCUUUGUCAACAAAUUCUUACCAACAAGAGCAAGGAAGAAAUCAACAAACCAACUUGUGUCAAACAAAUCAUUUCAUUGUUGCAAAUUCCAUUGGAAGUUUUCAAGAAUGUUUUGGCUGUAUUAAAGUUGACAAGCUAUCAACCAUUGAUCCAAUUCUUGUCGUAUAACAACAGAAAGAAGGUAUCGUUGGAUAUCGUUAAUAAUACAAUUAAAAACUCUACCAUCAUCGAAGAGCCAGAGGAUGUCAACAGCUUGUUGGAGACCAUCCAGACCUUGAUCAAGGACGAGACCGACCAGCCAGAGAUGGACGAGAUCGACAAGGAAGACUUCCAAGAGGAGCAAAACAAGGUUGCUUCUCUCAUCCACUUGUUCGACAGCGAAGAUCCAGAGAAGCUCUUCAAGAUUUACAUCGUCGCACGUUCCCACUUUGGAAAGGGAGGUGCCCAACGUAUCAAACACACCUUGGUACCCUUGGUGUUCCGUUCACUAAAGUUUGUAACCAAGUUGAAGAAGCAAGUCGACGACGGUAUCAUCUCACUCGAUGAGAACCAAUGGACUUUGAUCGGUACCAAGAUCUUUAACUUUGUCAUGGAGACCAUCAAGGCGUUGGUCGACAUCAAACUCUCGGAACUCUCAUUCCGUCUCUACUUGCAAGCCAUUCAAACCGCCGACAAGUGCAACCUCCAAAAGAUCACCUACGACUUUGCCAUCAAGGCACUGGUCAUCUUCCAGGAGGACAUUGCCGACUUCAAGGCACAAGUCAAUGCUUUGACCUUGCUCAUCUCCACACUCAACUCGUUGUCGUUGUCCGAUGUCGAGCUCUACGAGACAUUGGCCGGUCAAACCAUCAAGCAAGCCACUCGUCUCCUUACUCCACACGAUCAAUCGAAGCUCAUCUCGUUGUGCUCACAUCUUUUCUGGGUCGAUCACGACACCCGUCAAUACAAGAACCCAGACUCUGUUCUCCAGGCUCUCAGAAGAUCGCUCUCGAUCAUCACCAACCAAUCGGAUGCCGGUCUCUCUGUGUUUGUUGAGAUCUUGAACGAAUGUAUCUACUUCUUUGACCAGAAAUCCGACGCUGUACCACCACAAUUCAUCAGCGAUCUCGUCGAACUCAUUCGUACCACCCACAGCAAGGAAGGUGACUCUGCUUCAGUCUACCUCCAAAACACCAUCAAAUAUAUCGCCACCAAGAAGGAAUCAGACAAAUCCUAUGCUGAGAUCUCUGUUUAA